AAAAGCUGCUACAAUUUCUUUCUCUCACCUUCUUUUUUUUGGUCUCAUAAAUAUUUAUUACGAACUUUUCCUUUCAAAAAGUUAUUUUGAAUUACCAUGAAUAUCGACGAAGUAGUACAAUUAAAGAAAUCGUUAGCCAAAGCGAUCAGCGAAGAGAAGACCUCUGCUAUCCUUGGAAUAAUGAAGCAAUUCAACGAUGAUGUAGUUGCAACAAAAGAGUUGUUGAAAAAGACAGAUAUUGGAGUCUUUAUUGGAAAACAACGUUCACACCCUAACGCAGAUAUUGCAAGACUCGCUAAAGAUAUUGUUAAAAAAUGGAAAACUGCAGUUCAACAAAGUGAUCCAUCAAAAUCAAUUUAUUCACCAAAAACCAAUUCUGACACUGUCAAAGUUGACGAUGGUGGCUUUGUUAAACCACAACCUAUCGAUAGAUCUUCGAUCAAGAUUAAGCGUGAAAAUUCUCAAGGAGAAAUAAGUACCCCUUCCCCAAGUUUGGCUAAACUUGAGAAUUCUUUUAGUGAAAAUAGUUCACCAUCACCGAGUACUCCAAAAUUAGAAAACGAUAGAGUUAUUAAUAAUAAGGGUGACCGAUCUUUCAAAAAAGAUAAUGUCGGGUAUAGCACAGGAGAUAGUACACGUGAUAAAUGUAUAGAAUUAUUAUAUGAUUCAUUGGCAUUUGAUUCAAACAAUGGAAUUGACAUAAUUCUUAAUCGUGCUAAAAAAAUAGAGCAAAUGGUUCUCGAUCAAUUUGAUGGAGAACCUGAAAAACAAUAUCGUGAUAAAUUGCGUGGUAUGAUUUCCAAUCUCAAGGAUAAAAAGAAUCCAGGUCUUAGAAAGGGUGUUGUAUCUGGAGACAUUACAGUUCAGAAAUUUUGCGUUAUGACUAAAGAAGAAAUGGCAUCUGAGGAAAAGAAAGCCCGAGAUCGGGAAAUUCAACAAGCAAACCUUUUCAAGGCAAGAGGUGCGGGACCAACACAAGCAGAAACAAACAUGUUUCGUUGCGGAAAGUGUGGAGAAAGAAAAACAACUUAUUUUCAAAUGCAGACUCGAAGUGCUGAUGAACCUAUGACAACAUUUGUCACAUGUAUAGUUUGUAACAAUCGAUGGAAGUUCUGUUAAGCUUGUCAUAAUCAAAAGGCACAUGUAUUUAUAGCAAAUAAUCCCAUCAUUUUAUUUUUAUAUUGUUAAUAUAAGGAUGUAUGUGAUUAUUUGGAAAAUAGAUUAUUGAUAGAUAUAAUUUCCGUUAAUAAAAUGUAUCAAUUACAUAUGUCCUAUCAGUAAAUUAGUUUGUAUUCAACCGCCCCUCUAGUAAGUAUGAAAAAAGAAUAUUGUUGAAUCAAACUUUAAUAUUACUGUUUAAUUUAGUUAUAUAUAACUUAAGGCAACAAUAAAAAAAUAUAUGUAUUUCUU